GUGUGCGCCGGCGCCGCCCGCACGUGCUGCCGCCGCGCCGCUCCGUGCCGCCACCGCCGCCGCCAUGAGCUGCCCGGUGACGUGCGCCGCCUGGGUGCGCUGCGGCGUCGCCAAGGAAACGCCGGACAAGGUGCAGCUCAGCGAAGAGGAGCUGAAUCGUCUCAUCGGGGAGGCCCAGGACAGGCAGGGGGAUGAUGAUGAUGGUAGUAAUGAAGGCCAGGUGGCAUGUGGCACAAAUGAAGCCAUCCCUGGCACAGCUAAGUCUUCUCAUAAAAAUGAGGGCCAGCCUGAUCAUGAACUCGAUGAAUAUGAUUUGGAAAACUACGAUGAAGAGGAAUGCACAGGUGAUCUAAAACUGGGAGACUCUUUGGCUGCUCUGGCAGUAUAUGGGAGUAAUGAGGAUGAUCCAUACAUCACUCUGAAAACCACUGAUCAAUAUGAACAGGAGGACUUUUUGAUUAAGCCCAGUGACAAUCUUGUCCUUUGCGGCAGAGUUGAUAAGGAUUACUGUAGUUUGGAGGUCCAUGUAUAUAACCAUGAAGAAGACUCAUUUUAUGUACAUCAUGACAUUAUCUUGCCUGCUUAUCCUCUAAGUCUGGAGUGGUUGAAUUUUGAUCCCAGUCCUGAUGAAUCACAAGGAAAUUACGUUGCGGUGGGUAACAUGACACCAGUUAUUGACGUUUGGGACCUUGAUGUCGUAGAAUCCUUAGAGCCAGUCUUUUCUCUUGGAAGCAAGAAAGACAAAAAGGCAAAGAAGAAAGGAAAGAAAAGUUUAUCUUCAGAGGGCACCCUAAAAGGACAUACUGAUGCUGUACUUGAUCUUUCGUGGAACAAGCAAAGCAGGAACGUUUUAGCAAGUGCAUCUGCUGACAAUACUGUGAUUUUGUGGGACAUGUCUGUGGGUAAGCCAGCAGCCAGCCUGAUGCUACACACAGACAAGGUCCAGACACUGCAGUUUCAUCCAUUUGAAACUCAGACCCUCAUUUCUGGAUCUUAUGAUAGAUCAGCUGUGCUGUAUGACUGCAGAAGCCCACAGGAUAACCAUCGAAUAUGGCGGUUCAGUGGUCAGGUUGAAAGAGUGACUUGGAACCAUUUUUCACCUUGUCAUUUCUUGGCAAGCACAGAGGAUGGCUUUGUGUACUGUCUGGAUGCUCGUUCUGAUAAGCCGCUCUUCACUCUGAAAGCUCACGAUAAAGAGGUGUCAGGGCUACAGCUGAGCAGCCAGGUCAAAGGGUGCCUCGUGACAUCAUCUGCUGACAAAUACGUGAAAAUUUGGGAUAUCCUGGGGGACAGACCAAGUUUAAUCCAUACCAGGGAUAUGAAAAUGGGUGUUCUCUUCUGUGCAGCUUGCUGCCCUGACUUCCCUUUUGUUUUUGCCUUCGGAGGGGAGAGAGAAGGGCUGCGUGUUUGGGAUAUAAGCAAGAUUUCUGCAGUGAAUGAAGUUUUUGGAAACAGAGAGAGACUUGCUGUGGCUAGUGCCAGCUCUGCGGCCCGCGGCUCCACGGCUGGCAGUAACAGCAACGACUCAGAGUCAGCAAUGGAAUCGUGAUGGACCAAAUACCAAUAAAAUCAAAGUAAUCAAUGGGACUACAACUGAAGAGUAUUCUACAGAUCUGUUUGGGGAGAACUCACAGAAAUUACCUGUGUCUUGCAAUCAGCAGGCUGCUUCAUCUUGGACAAAGAAACAUGGUGAUGUAGUUAAAUUCAAAGUCAGCACUUUCUGAGUUCCUGCCUUUAUUACUGGCUUUGAAAUACUAAAUCACUUGCUUCUGCCUGAGAUGAUGAUGAUGAUGUUGCAAUAGGUCAGAAUGGCUCUGAGCAACCUGAUCUACUUGAGGGUGCCCCUGCUUACUGCAGAGGGGUUGGACUAGUUGACCUUUGGAGGUCCCUUCCAACCCAGACCAUUCUAUGAUUUUAUGAUUCUUUGAUCUCUGAAGCAGAGGCUACUACAUGUAAAGCUGAUACAUGAAAGAGUCACUAGACUCAUGCCAUAAGUUUGUGGCAUACUGCAAAGGGCAUAAACACCUGAGACAGCAGUUGUGUAAGAAAUACACAAAACCUGAAUGACAUGACAACUGAAACCAGGUAAUUCAUCCUUGUUACAGAUUUCUAAGAUUGUGAAAGUUGUUUUAUGUAACCUUUUUAAGUCGUCUUGGGGUAUUUCUUGGGCAGUAAGGUGGAGUCCACAAGUAGAAUUAUGGACUGCAUUUUUAACACCUCAGGUCACCAAUAUAAAGCCAGAGGUAUCCCAGCUCUAUCUCAUCAAGAUUUUUUUUUGUUUUCCCUGGUUCCACAGCAUCUGAAGCUUGCUGAUGUUGCCUGUGUAUUGGAUUUUUCUCUGGUGCUCCAACUGUAAUAUAUGUAAGAAUUUGAACUUAAAUAAGGAGCUAUUAUUCAGGAGAGGAUGAGAGGCUGACAGGACACAAAACAAGGGUAGGGAUCUCAGCUGGUCACUGUCACUGAUGAAAGUUGUCUGUGCUAGGUACUCACAUUCUUAACUCCUCCCAGGCAUUUCUGCCUGAAACUCUCAGACAUUCUGAUUUAAAACACCUUAUUUACAGCAUUCGGAACCUAGUUGAGGAAUGUGACUCAAUUUCCUCACAUUUAGAAUGAACAUCCAAGUGCCUUACCCCAGGCCAGAAGUUAAAUGAUGAUACUCUUAACCUCUGGUGAAGUGCUUCCCUCUACGCACACUCUAAGAUCUGUUUAAGUGCUGCUGCUGCUAAAAUACCCUGGAUACCAAAGCAGCUCUCAUGUCAGUGCAUGCUGUUAGCAAGAUCUUGACCCUGCUUUCCACCCUAGCUCGCUGUAGCUAGUAGCUAUCAUCUCACUCUGGGAUAAAGCAGAUGAAUUUUAUCAGUACCAACUGCAGAUAGGGAAAAGGUGGAGCUGUAGAUUUUGUUCUCAUGCCUUGAAGUGGCUGCUUCUAAAUCAAAUUCAGCUGUUUCUUGUCUGGUGACAGGUGUUUAACAUGGCUUUGCAGGAUUUGUUGGGAUUCCUGCUUCAAUCCUUUCUCUGCCAAGCAAUAGUGACUAGUGUGUCAACAGCAAAUGAACAUCUGCUUUUGGAAGCUUAAGAGGGUGAAAGUACCAGAGUCACCUUUGUUGAAGUGCUCUCUGAUGAAAAGCUGCUGGUUUUUCAAAGCUGUCAUUGGAAAUAAAUGGUUUGUGUUAAGUUCUUUGAGAGUAGUAAUUUCUGAUGUCACUGGCACCGUAGCUCAAAAGGUUGCUUUUUGUUACUGCAAGCAACACGUCUUUCCCUUGACUAAAACAUGCUUAAACAAAC